GCCAAGAAACAGCAAAUGUCCAACAGCAGCUCCAUCACUGAGUUCCUCCUCCUGGCAUUCGCAGACACACGGGAGCUGCAGCUCUUGCACUUCUGGCUCUUCCUGGGCAUCUACCUGGCUGCUCUCCUGGGCAAUGGCCUCAUCAUCACUGCCAUAGCCUGCGACCACCACUUCCACACCCCCAUGUACUUCUUCCUCCUCAACCUCUCCAUCCUCGACCUUGGUACCAUCUCUAUCACGGUCCCUAAAGUGAUGGCCAACUCACUCUGGGACAACAGGUCCAUCUCCUAUGCAGGAUGCGCUGCUCAAGUCUUUCUAUUUUUCUUCUUGCUUGGAGCUGAGUACGCCCUUCUCACUGUCAUGGCCUACGAUCGCUACAUUGCCAUCUGCCAACCCCUGCACUACGGGACCCUCCUGGGCAGCAGAGCUUGUGUCCACAUGGCAGCAGCUGCCUGGGGCACUGGGUUUCUCUAUGCUGUGCUGCACAUGGCCAAUACAUUUUCUAUACCACUCUGCCAUGGUAAUACUGUAGAACAGUUUUUCUGUGAUAUCCCCCAGAUCCUCAAGCUCUCCUGCUCAGAUGCCUACCUCAGGGAAGUUGGGCUUCUUAUAUUAAGCUGUUUUUUAGGUUUUGGGUGUUUUGUUUUCAUUGUGCUGUCCUAUGUGCAGAUCUUCAGGGCCGUGCUGAGGAUGCCCUCUGAGCAGGGACGGCACAAAGCCUUUUCCAUGUGCCUCCCUCACCUGGCCGUGGUCUCCCUCCUUGUCAGCACAGGCAUAUUUUCCUACCUGAAGCCCCCCUCCAUCUCUUCCCCAUCCCUGGACCUGGUGGUGGCAGUUCUGUACUCGGUGGUGCCUCCAGCAGUGAACCCCCUCAUCUACAGCAUGAGGAACCAGGAAAUCAUAGAUGCCCUGUGGAAACUAUUUGAAUACAAUCUACUUCAGAUCAAGAAGACCCCCAUUAUCCCACCAGGGCUCCCUCUGUAUUUCAGGAAGAGCCAGGAGUAG